AUGGCCUUUAGACUCUUGAGCAAGAACGCAGCAGCUUCCAUUGCCGCUCGCCCUGCCGCUUUGAACGCAACCCGUCGCACUGCUGCUGUUGCUGCUGCCCGCAAGUACAGCACUGAGACUGAAGCUGCUCCCAAAAAGUCCAGCAUCCUCGAUAUGCUUCCUGGUGAUUCGAUUGCUGCCAAGGCUGGUUAUUUGACUGCAGGCACUGCUUUGGGUACUGCUUUGAUUGCCAAGGAGAUUUACAUCUUGAACGAAGAAUCUUUGGUGUUGUUGACCACUGCCGGUUUCCUUGGUGUGCUUUUGAAGUAUACUCGUGAGCCUUUCACCAACAUGGCCAAUGAUCACAUUGAGCGUAUCAAGAAGGUGUUGAACGAUGCCCGUGUUGAACACAAGAACACUGUGCAGGCUCGUAUCGAUGAAGCUGGUCAAAUGAAGGAUCUCGUUGAUGUCACCAAGGCUUUGUUCGAAUUGUCCCGUGAGACUGCCCAUAUUGAAGCUGAAGCUUUUGCAUUGAAACAACAAGUUGCUGUUGCCCAGGAAGUCAAGAGCACUCUCGACUCGUGGGUGCGUCAUGAGGCAAACCUCCGUGAGCGUGAACAGAAGCAAUUGGCCGCUUACUUGAUCGAAAAGGUGAAGAAGGAUCUCGAGGACCCUGCUAUCCAGAAGCAAAUUUUGGAUCAAGCUGUUGCUGAUGUCGAGAAGCUCGCCAAGACCGCUUAA